CUAACCUGUUGUUCCUGAGCUUUUAUUUUGAAAGGUGUGGUCAGGCGGAGUGGUGCACUGUUGGAGCUGUGUUGUUGAUAUGGUGGUGUAACCGGAGGAGCGGCUGUGGGUGUAAAUUUGGGCUGAAUUGUGAGGUUUUCGGGUCUCCGGGUUUAUUAAUCAGAUGUCGGCAGUGUUACAGUGCCCAGCUUGGGCGACAAAGUGAAAUCAUACCUCCAGGCUGAUUGUGACCUUCAGCUGAUCUUUCCUGAAGACCUAGAAGCUUUUACUGCUCUUCAGAGAUGGCAAGUCACUUCCGCAGCUACAUCUGGGAUCCAGUCCUCAUCAUCUCCCAGAUUCUCCUCAUGCAGUGCAUCUACUACAGCUUUCUGGGGCUGUGGCUGGCGGGUGUGGAUGGGCUCGUGCAGACCAGCAGGUCACUCGAUCAGAUCUUCAGUUAUGAGGUUCUUGGCUUUUCAACCACACAAGGACGGCUCUCUAUGAUGGCCUUCAUUCUGAACUCGCUGACAUGUGCUUUGGGUUUGUGGUUCUUCAUCCGUCGUGGGAAGCAGUGUUUGGACUUCACAGUUACAGUUCAUUUCUUCCACAUGAUUGGCUGCUGGAUCUAUAAUGCUCACCUCCCCGCAGCCCUGUCGUGGUGGCUGGUUAAUGUGGCGUGUAUUGCUCUGAUGGCGGUCAUCGGCGAGUACUUGUGCAUGCGGACUGAGCUCAGGGCCAUUCCUGUGAACACUGGACCAAAGUCGAACCUCUGAGAGCCUCUUGAAGAAGCAGAUGGUGCAUUCAGAGCCGCACUGGGCCUCAGACACUGGGCUGGUGGAUGUAUAUAUCGGACUGAAGGACUGAAAUUUGGACAGAAGAUGGAUCAUUUCCACUGAUUUCAUGAUUUAUUUAAUCACUGUACUUUUAAUAAUCAUGACGUUUGACUAAAGUGGCUUUCUACGUGCUUCUUUGGCUGCUUUUACAUCAAACUUGUUCAAGCUGGCUUUUCAGACUUUCAUUUUGCUCCAAAGCAAAACAAAAAGGAUGUGAACCACGAAAACUUUGUUCAGACCAAAUGAGACGGAAUCUAGUUUGUUUGCAGUGUGAAACAAAGUGGAUUCAUUUUUAAGACUUUUUUUUGAAAGCUCAAAAUGAAGCACCUUUUCACAGAUUUCAGAGGACUGUUUUAAACCUUCAGGGUUGUGGAUGAAUAGACACUGAAGAAGAGUUAGAAUUCAGAUUUUUAUGAGGAAAAAAUAAAGUUCUGCUGUGUUAUACUGAGUAAUUAGAUGACAGAAUAAAGCAUUGCUUUUCUGUGUUUCUCCUUGAACAGCAUACUGUUUCUUCUACUAAGAAAUAAUGAAUAUAUUCUCAUCUAAUAUGACAUCUUGCAAUCAAACUGGGCUUCUGCAGAGAUCCUUAGAGAGCCACUAAACCCUAAACCAUACUUUUUUCCCCAUUAAUAGCUGAAAUGUGUUCCUUUGAACAAAUAAAACAUACCAGUCCUGCUUAAAAAAAAAAAAAAAAAACUUUAUAAACAAUUUUAUUGUGGUAAUUUCUGUCUCUGCACCUCUUCUCGGGUUCAACUGUGCUAUAGGCGAGGAUGAUGUGUCUAAGUACUUUAGUACGCGGACACAUCACAAUAUGCAGAUCAGUCAAUCAAUAAUAACCUGCCCCUAUGCUGACGUCCAACCAUCUGUGUUUCACCGCUAUCAGAGGCACACUCUGCCAAUCAGCUCUGCCUCCUGCCCAGCCCCUAAACCCAUACAUCACCCAGUGCCCCUCCCAAACUCACCCUCCUCUUUUUUUUUUUAGCCUUUUUCAAAUUUGAGCAAAAAUUAGGCGGUUUAGGGCUUCUUUAAUGUAUUCAAGGACAGCCUGCUUAAAAGUAAGAAAAAGGCCUGUGUAACGACUUACCACAGUCAGCUUUAGAAAUGCAAACAUUUGAUUUACAUGAAAAAUUAUAUAAAUAAUGGACAGUAGGGGUGGGCGAUAUGGCUCUAAAAUAAUAUCACGAUAUUUCAGGGUAUUUUUGCGAUAACUAAGUACUUGGCGAUAUAGGAAAACUAAAAUAAUUCAUUCAUUUCAGGAAUAUAGUAUAAUAGUAUAACAGAAUAAUCAUAAUGUGGCAAAAUAAAUAAUAUAGCAUAAAAUAAUAUAAUGCAGCAAAAAAUAUUGCAGAAUAUUUAGUGCAUGCAUAUAAACUGCAAACUAAAACAAUUAUACAAUAAAUACACCUAAAGCUUCACAGUAAAUAAUAGACUACUUUUAAGACAGAACAGCCCUAUUAUCACGAUAUGGAUUUUUAAUAUCAUGAUAUUUCUGUGUCACGAUAUAUUGUAUACGAUAUAAUAUUGCCCACCCCUAAUGGACAUACAAUAAUAGAGAUUUUAGCCCUAGGCACUACCACUUAGCCCUAACCUUCUGUUUUGAUCAUUCACACCUAGGGGUAGAAUGUCUUUAUUCUUGUUAGGCUAGAGGAGUAGGUAAGGGGAAGUGUUAGAGCCACGUGACUCUUUAAACUGAGAUUAUUCAGAGGCAAACUUCAAACAGAGGGCUAUGAAAAUUGCUGACAAGAUGCCACUGGCACAAGCCACUAAAUAAACCCAGAAAUCUGAGUAUUUCCUUGUUAAAAAAUAUGAGAACUACUAUAUAACCAUAGUUUAAUUCGUCGUUUCAAUGUUUAUUGCCGUUUUCUUUAGAACAAGCAUAAAAAAGGUCUAGUAGUUUGUCUCAGUGUCUAAAGACACUGUUAAGUAUCUAAUUCUAAAUAAACAAAGAAAGUAAAGUUGUACUAACUGUCUAGUCGUGAAAUUGUCAUGUUCAACACAAACAGUACCCAAGCAAAUGAGAAGCUUGCCUAUAAAAAAAAGUUUGUAUAUGUGUUUUUCCAAUGGAAGUACGCUGGCACAGAUUGACUGCUUCUGUACAUCAUUUUCAUUUGAUUUAUAUUGUUGGAUAAUUUUGUUUUGUUUUGUAUUGUUCGCUUCUUUAUUCUGAAAUUCCAUUGACUGAAAGUGAUUUUACCCAAAGUACAGUCAAAAGUCAAAAAGUUGUAAGACAUUCUUUUAUUUAAAAUAUUAAAUGGAAAUUAGACGAAAGAGAAGAUUUAUAUUGUAUUUUAUUACACUGUAUUGCCAAAUGUAUUUGCUGGCCUGCAUUGCUUUUGGUGAUGAAAGAUGUCCAUGAGCAUCUCUACGCUCUACUGUUGUUAAUCUAGUCUGAAGAAGAAGCAGUAUACAUGACUGACUGCUGCUUUUAUUAUAUAUCUGUGGAGAUGGAAGUGAUUAAAACCUGAGUUGAAUGAUUUAAAUGGUUGAUCGAAUAAAAUAAAAGGAUGUUCUGUG